UCUAUCAUAUCGGUAUACAACAUUGAUGAAUAUUCCAAUUUUUUUAACAUUUAAUUUCAAUAUCUUCGAACAAAUUCAAAUGAUCUAUCAUCGUACUUUUGAAACCAGGGUAAAAUUUAAAAGGGAGAAACCACGUGAAUUCUUUAUUUCGAGUUGUUGCUGUUGAAGGAUGCCUUCUGCCUCUAAUAAAACCGAGCAAAAGGCCUCGAAAGAGGCCGAAUCCCCCAUUGUUCAAGUUCUCCUGGCGGUAGAAAAGAAAGUCCGCAAUCUAGAGAAGCGAAAGGGAAAGUUAGAUGUGUAUAAAGAUCGUAAGGAUAAAGGAGAGAUCCUCAAUAAAGACCAAGAAGAUGCUGUUGGUAAAUAUGAGAGUGUUACCCAAAACUUGGAGUUCGCCAAGGAGCUUCAGAAACAGUUCUUGCAGAUCAGCGCUGAUAUUGAAAAGCAGAAUCGAAAACAGAAGAAACGAGAUGCUAUGGAGCGGCAGAAUGUGGAACUUCGACGUGUGAAGGAGAUGCUACAGAUACAGAAUCUUCUAGACUGUAUGGGUUCUGAAAGUGCCAGAGCAGAUUUCACGACUGGCAAAAAUGGAGCAUGUGUGUUGACUGAGGCCAAUUUGAAGCAGCUGGAUGAUCUUUACAAAUUGAUCAAUCCCUCAAGAGAGGAGGAGGGAGAGUUUGAAGAGCAGCUCGAAGCGUCAUCGCAACACAUUGUAGAUCUCUUAGACGGUAAGGACAAACCUGUGCUAGACACAACAUACAAGGAACUACGAGAGGUGUUCAAUAAAAUCCAUGAAUCUGGCUACUUUGAUAGACAUCUGGAGGAAGUGGAAGAGGAAGCAGAAGCACCAGAGGAAUCGAGUGAGAGUUCAAGUAGUGAGAAAGAAUUUGUUGUGGUGAAAUCUGAAGAGGUUCCAGAACAUUCAUCAGAAGAGGUGACAUCAUCACUGCCUCCAGAUGUUCCAGAACCUACCCCACAGCAACUUGAACAAACAAACACCCAACAACAACAACAGCAGAAUGCAGAUCAGCAACACGAACAACAACAACAGCAACAACUCAACCCAGAUAUGAUCAGCCAGGAUGGUCAGCUGACAAAUGUCGCAGCACCCGAGGAUGCAUUCUUCGCAACAGGACCUUCAGAGUAUAUCCGUUCAAGGCCAUUCAAUGAGAUUGUAUCAUCUGUACAGGGCAACUACAAUUUCUUACAAGAUUCUGAGAUAGAUGUUGAGUCUCCACACAUGGAUCCUGCAGUAGUAGCUGCCCAGCCAAUGGUCUCACAUAUGGCACACCCCUCACAACAAAGAACAGAAACAACUACUGGCUAUGUUAGUCAAAGUUUCCCAGAUGAACAGACACAGCAACAGCCACAACCAUCCCAACAACAACAGCAACAAACGUAUGCGUCACUAGCGCAACAAAGUGCUACAAACACUAAUUACAAUAAUCAGCAAACAUUUGAUAACACAUACAACUCAUCUCAAACAGACUAUAGUCAAAUGUUAUCGCAAAAUUUACCACAAAAUACCCCAUCAUUACAUGAGAAUGUGGAUGAACAGACUUCUAACUUAGUCAAUCAAAUGGCACAUACAACAAUAGGUGGAGUAACCCAUUCUCAGAGUCCAGCUUUGGAUACUAGUUCUUUACCCCCUGCAAUCACCAUGCCAAGUCAUACCACACCUUACCAAAGCCAAACCAAUAUGGACCAAUCACAAACCAGCGAGGAUAAGAAACAAUUUCAGAUGAAUGCCAGCGCACCAGUUUUCCAGUCCAUGUAUUCAGCGAAACUAGCAGGUGGCAGCACUAGUACUCAGCCGCCCACAGAAACAGGAACGUUUACAGCAAUGGAAACGAGCAACUUCAGUGCAAAUAGCAGUGGUUUCACUGAAAGCCAGACAUUUGCAGAGGUGGGGAAAUUUGAAGAUCAGGAAAGCCAUCAGCAGUCAACUCCGCCACAUCCUUCAACAGAAUUCCCAGAAACAGGAACAUUUGACAGCAGUUCCAACUCGGACAACAGUGCAUUCAACAGCAAUUCUAACAAUGACACUUACUCCCGGGGCUCACGAGGGGGCAGUGGCUACAGGGGAGGUCCCAGAGGAGGGAGAGGAGGCAAUAUGUCAAAUGGCUAUUCUAAUAGAGGUGGUAGUGGCAGGGGAGGCUACCAGAGCAGUGGGGAUAGAGGAGAUAGGGACAGAAGAGGAGGUGGCUAUUCUGGAGGUCGAGGAGGUAACAGAGGAGCUAGUGGAACAUACCAAGGAUACCCUCCCCGUAGUGAUUACCGUCCAGAGGGCUACCAGGGCUUCAGUGGGGGGAAUAACUACAACAAUAGAGGAGAUAAUGCCAAUGGAGGUUACAAUAGCAAACGUGGUAGUGGGGCGCCACCUAGAGGAGGAAGUGGAGGCAUGCGGGGUGGAGCUCCUAGAGGAAACAAUAGGGGUGGUCAAGGUGGAAGAGGAGGAUUUGGCAACAGUGGAAGAGGCAGCUUUGCCCAGAAGGCUGGUGGAUAUGGUGGAUCUACAGCCCAGCAAACUGCAUAAAGCAACUUGCAGAAUGUGUUGGAAAAAUUUAAGAGCAACUUGGACAACAUACUACGUACAACCAGAAGAAUGUAAAUAAACUUGAGAAUUUAUAUUUGACUUUUAAAUGGUUCAUUUUCACAGGAAUGCUUUAUCUCGACCAGUGUGCGUAUUUGUAACACACGUGUUAUGACAUAGCUGAGUGGAUAAUGAACAUUUAUUUAUAAAAUCCUAUGAGUUUUAUAAAUUGUCCAUGGGUAAGAAAGCCAUGUUUUAUGUCUUGCUACUGGUGUAGAAGAUUGUAAGAAAUAUAUAAGUGAAAUAGCAAUGAGUAAAAUGCUAUCACAUCUAGCUAUACAGUACACAACAAGUCUAACAUAACCCACCAAUACCUUCUAAAUAUUCUUCAGAGCAGUUUUACCCAAAUUCCGAUCACACUUGCUUUGUACUGUACAGCAGCCAUAAUGUACUUAUAUGGUGAAAUCUCAUAUUUGUCCACUAUGGCCAAAAAACAAAAAAAUCGUAAAAACUACUGAAGGGGCAGGGGUGAAAGGCAGUUUUGAACAUGCAACAACUACAGGGAACUAACUAAAAUGUAGAGAACAGCUCUUAUUAAUAACAAACGUAAUGCAAUGACUUGUAAAACAAUGAAUUCCGAAAUGUAUAAUUAUUAGUUUAAAAGAGCAGUAUUAACUUCAAGUUCAAGAGGAAAACGAAAAAACAAAUAAGUAGCUCUGAAUGCAACACAAACUUGAGUGAAAUGUUUAAUAAGUGAAUGGUUGAUUUUGAUCUUUGAUAACAAGGAGGAAAGAGCUUUUUUGGCUAUACAGGUGGGUCUUGUAAAGGACAGAAAUCAUGUAAAUGUAAAUAGUAUGUGUUUGUAUGUCUGUUUAUAUCUUUAGUACUAUAGGUACCUGCUUAGCAUACUACCUGCGUAGCCUGAAAAUCAUAGCACAAAAAGUCAAAUGCAAUCAUAUUUAAUUGAUAGCUUUUUGGUAUACUUGAAAAUUGGUUUGACUUAAGUGUGCUGUUAAGUGUCAUGUUUGUUACCCUGUGUAUGUCAUAUAUGGUAUGACUAUGAAGCUUUUGUAAACAUGUGCACCUUGGAGUCGCAUGUAAGCUGGUAAGCCUUUGGUUCUCAAGUACAUUUUUGAAAUACCAGUAAGCUUUUGGUAUUUACAAUUUUGCCAUAUUGGUAUAAGCCACAUGUAUACUAGCCAUUGGUAAACACUUUGAUAUGCGUGAACUGGUGCACAUAUGUGCAUUUUUGACAUACUAGCAAUCCUGAGGUACACAUGCACUUUUGAUAUGUUGGUAGGCCUGGUGUACACAUGUACACUUUGACUACACAUAAUGCCUCGAAUACGUAUGUACACUUGACAUUUUGGUAAGCCUAAUACUGUAUAGUACAUUUACAGUUUUGACAUACCCC